AUGGGAAGCGCAUCCCCACCCCCGCACGCCCUAGUGUUCGGCGCCAGUGGCAUCAACGGCUGGGCAUUCGUCAACGCUUUACUGAGCGACUAUCCCUCCGCAGAUGCGUUCCAACACGUAACUGCCUUUACAAACCGCCCCCUGAGCGCAAAAGACGCGCAGUGGCCUGCCUCAUCGAAGCUACAGCUCGUGUCGGGGCUGGACCUCGUCGGAAACGACGAAGCAGGAGUACAGGACGAGCUACAGAAACGAGUCCCCCACAUCGAAGGCGUAACUGCCAUCUACUUCUGCGCGUAUGUCUUUGACAGUGACAACGCGAGAGAGAUCGACAUCAACGUGGGCAUGUUGAAGAAGGUUGUCCUUGCGGUGGAGAAGCUCAGUGUGAAUUUGAAGGUCGUGGCUCUGCCGACUGGUGUUAAGGAAUACGGAGUCCACCUUCUGGAGAACUUCCCCUUCGCAGACAACCUCCCGCUGAAAGAAACCCACCCUCCGCUCUCCGAGCCGUACCGCAGCGAGCUCUUCUACACUUACCAGCUCGACUUCCUCCGCACCGCGUCAGCCAACAAGCCCUGGACGCACGUCGACGUGCGCCCCGACAUCAUCAUCGGCUUUGUGCCGAACAACUCCCUUCACAAUCUUGCGCAGUGGAUCGUCUUGUACCUCGCCUUAUUCCGGUACAUCCACGGUCCAGGCACAGAGGCCAUCUUCCCAGGGACCGCCAAAAGCUGGAAGGCGUUGAGCAACGACUCCAGCCAGGAUAUUAUCGCGCGAUUCUGCAUCCACCUGUCGUUGCACACGGAGGAGCCCGGCAUCGCGGGAGGCAGCUUCAAUGUUUCUGACAACGCGGUGCCGUCGAGCUGGGAGGAGAAGUGGCCUGUGGUCUGCGAGUAUUUUGGCCUCAAGGGGGUCGCCCCGGUGGAGGGCGGACCGGAGGCCGCUGCUUUUUUAGAAGAACAUCAGGAUGACUGGGCCAAGAUGGAGAAGGAUUAUGGGCUGCGGACGGGCCAUCACCAUGGGAAAGGUGAUGAUAAGAGCCUGCCGUUUGUACCGUUCUUCCUGCUCAGUCAGUUUGAUUUUGAUAGACAGGUUGAUCUGACAAGGAUGCAUGCUGCUUGGGGUCCCGCUAAAGAGGAGCGAGAUAUCAAGGCGACGUGGUAUACGACGUUUGAGAGGUAUCGCGCGGCUGGGAUUAUUCCU